UUAACUGCUAAGGAAGUCAUGUCCAGAUCGGGUGAUAGAACAUCCACCUUUGACCCAACUCACAGUGAUACUCUGCUGCACGGACUUAACCUCCUGUGGAGGAAGCAGCUCUUCUGCGAUGUGACGCUGACUGCCCAGGGGCAGCAGUUUCACUGCCACAAAGCAGUGCUGGCCUCCUGCUCUCAGUACUUUAGAUCUCUCUUCUCCAGUCAUCCACUAAACAAUGAGGGGAUUUCUAGCAAGGACCAAGGCAGCAGCGGCACCCCUGCCUCAUCUCCUGAUGAGAAGCUGUUGGCAAGCCCCAGGUCCAUUAACAACCUGGUGCUUCAGGGCUGCUCCUCCAUUGGACUGAGGCUAGUACUUGAGUACUUAUACACGGCCAACGUGACCCUCUCCCUCGACACUGUAGAAGAGGUUCUCUCUGUAAGUAAGAUCCUCAACAUUCCUCAGAUCACAAAACUCAGCGUUCAGUUCCUUAACGACCAGAUCUCCGUGCAGAACUACAAACAAAUCUGCAAGAUCGCAGCGCUCCACGGAUUAGAUGAAACCAAGAAGCUAGCUAACAAGUAUCUGGUGGAGGACGUUCUGCUGCUGAACUUUGAAGAAAUGUGCGCCAUGUUGGACGCGCUGCCGCCCCCGGUGGAGUCGGAGUUGGCGCUCUUCCAAAUGUCGGUACUUUGGCUGGAGCAUGACAGGGAAACGCGGAUGCAUUAUGCCCCGGACUUGAUGAAAAGGCUGCGUUUUGCGCUUAUACCUGCCCCAGAGCUGGUGGAGAGGGUACAGUCUGUUGACUUCAUGAGGAGUGACCCUGUCUGCCAGAAGUUGCUUUUGGAUGCCAUGAACUACCACCUGAUGCCCUUCAGACAACACUGCAGACAGAGCGUGGCCAGCAGAAUCCGUUCCAAUAAAAGAAUGUUGUUGCUGGUUGGUGGCCUGCCCCCUGGACCAGAUCGCCUUCCAAGUAAUUUGGUGCAAUACUAUGAUGAUGAAAAGAAGACCUGGAAGAUCCUCACAAUAAUGCCAUAUAACAGCGCACAUCACUGUGUUGUUGAAGUGGAAAAUUUCCUGCUACUGAUGGGUGGAGAGGACCAGUGGAACCCUAAUGGCAAGCACAGUACAAACUUUGUGAGUCGUUAUGAUCCAAGAUUCAAUAGUUGGAUACAACUUCCACCAAUGCAAGAAAGGAGAGCCAGUUUCUUUGCCUGCUGCCUGGACAAGCACCUGUAUGUGAUUGGAGGAAGGAAUGAGACUGGAUACUUGUCCAGUGUGGAGUCUUACAAUCUGGAGACCAAUGAAUGGAACUAUGUGUCAUCUUUGCCCCAGCCCCUGGCUGCACACGCAGGAGCUGUGCACAAUGGCAAAAUAUACAUUUCAGGGGGAGUACACAAUGGAGAAUAUGUAUCCUGGCUGUACUGCUACGACCCAAUGAUGGACGUGUGGGCCAGGAAACAGGACAUGAACACAAAACGCGCCAUCCAUGUUCUUGCAGGAAUGAAUGAUCGUCUUUAUGCUAUUGGUGGAAACCAUUUGAAAGGUUUCUCCCACCUUGAUGUAAUGCUGGUGGAGUGUUAUGAUCCCAAGGGAGACCACUGGAACAUUCUUCAUACCCCCAUUCUGGAAGGCCGGAGUGGGCCAGGAUGUGCUGUGCUUGAUGACAAUAUUUUCCUGGUCGGCGGCUACAGUUGGAGUAUGGGAGCAUACAAAUCAUCCACCAUUUGUUACAGCCCGGAGAAGGGAACAUGGACCGAACUGGAGGGAGAUGUAGCAGAGCCUCUGGCUGGACCUGCCUGUGCCACUGUCAUACUGCCGGCCUGUCUGCCAUUUAACAAAUGA